GCGCAGCAGGGGACGAAGGGAGCACCCAGCAUAUGUGGGGACAGCGGGAGCAGCACUGUGCAGCUGGUGGGACACGGGAACACAACCCAGAGCCAGAGGCCAGUGUGGAGGGGUCGGACCCUGCCCCAGCCUCACGGCGCACAAUGGCGCCGGGUAGAGUAGACAUGUGCCGCAUGCGGGGAGCAGUGGGGACGUGCGCUGCAGCCCAGGCCACCCUCUGCAAGGCCACGGCUGGGCACCGGCAGCUGGUGCUGCAGUUGGGAGGCAGCGCUGACAGCCCCCGGCUGCGGGAGGAGCGGCGCAAGAGGAGCGCAGAGGCCCGUGAGCUCAGCUCUGGGCUGCGGUGCGCGCUGCUGGCAGGGCUGCGGCAGGCACCGGCGAGCCCUGAGGAGCGCCGGGAACUGGAGCGGCUGUGGGUGCUCUUCCUGUCUGCGCUGGAGCUGUUCCUGCAGGACCUGCUCCGAGCCCACCACCUCUGCCAGCUCUUCUCCCUGCAGGGGGAUGGCGCAGCCCCCCUGAGCACCGGGCUGGGGAACCGGCGAGGGGGGGGCCCCGCGCAGCCUCCGGCUGCCCCGCGCCUGGAGGAGGAGAUUGAGCAGGUGAGGGCCAUGCUGGCGGAGAUGGAGAGCAGAGCCAACAUCCCGCUGUGGACGGUGGAGGCCACACAGCCGGCAGGGAUGGGCAGCACUGCGGCCGGGGUGGGUCAGGGGGGGCCGCGCGCUGGCCCCUGCUGCAGGGUGCUCUGAGCGGGCACAGGGGGAGGAGACAGGACCAGCACCCCCUUUGCACCCUCCCUUUGCACAGAGCAGGCGAUGAGACCCCACGUACCCCUCAGCCUGGGCAGGCCCCACCCUACAGAGCGAAGGGGACCAGCUUCAGGCCCCUCAAGGGUUAAUAAAGCCCCUGUCACCCCACAAGGGCCGGUGUCCCUCCAUUCCUGCCCACAACUGCACAGGGACCGGUGAGACUCAGGGGUGCCAGGCUGCAACAGAACCCCCAGGAGGAUAGUUAUUAACAUGCAUUUAU